AUGAAGAUGGGCCAUUCUGCUUCUCUACUUGAGGAAAUCGAGAUGGAUGAGGAAGAGCGCUUCUCAGCGGCGACGAUCGCGAAGUUUCAGAACGACCCGGCUUUCUACAAGAAGUUCGCGCAGACCCUGGAGAUGGAUUCAAACAUCAAGUUUGCCAUUUCUCUUAUUGCCGGCAGCCCCCAGCAGGCAUGGGCACUAGGGAAGACGAAGGAGUUUAUGGCGGCGAUGCUGAGGGGCAAUGAGGAGCUCUGCAGGCAGCUGAUACCCGAUUUUCCCCUUGGUUGCAAGCGACUUACUCCUGCGCCUGGGUAUCUCGAGUCUUUCCACGACCCUAGGGUUUCUCUUCACACUGAUGCUAUCAAGCGCUUCGUUCCUCAGGGCAUAGUACUGGCAAAUGACGAGGUCUUAGAGGUCGAUGCUAUCAUCUGUGCCACCGGCUUCGAUUCUUCGUUUCGCCCGGCUUUCCCGCUUGUUGGUCGACAGGGCAACUUGCAGGACGUCUGGUCUGAGCAAAUACCAAAGGCCUACAUGUCCCUUGCCGUUGCAGGCCUGCCCAACUACUUUAAGUUCCUAGGCCCCAACGCUCCCGUUGUACAAGGCGAUGUUUUUACACUGAGCGAGCACAUCGCCACCUACAUCGCCAACACGAUCCACAAGUGCCAGACACAGGGCAUCCGGUCCAUCGUCCCGUCGGAAGCCGCCGUCGAGGACUACUUCGAGCACAUCACUGCCGUCAUGCCGCGUACCGUCUUCGCGGGCGGAUGCAGGUCCUGGUACAAGCAGGGCGAGGUCGACGGCCCCGUGACAGGGCUGUACCCUGGAAGCCGGAUGCACUUCAUCCGCCUGCUGGAGCACUUCAGGGGCGAGGACUGGGAGUACACGUACGAGAACGCGAGGCAGAACCGGUUCGCGUAUCUGGGCAACGGCUUCACUGCGCCGGAGAUGGCGAUGCUCAAGGCUGGAGCGCCCGGUUCGUAA